GGAAGCGCUGGAGGCAGCCAGAGAGCAGAGCGGCUCCGUCCCCGUGGUAACCGGGAGCCCCUCAGCUCAGACCGCUCUACCUACUUUCUCCUGUGGUUCUUUUGUGUGACUUUAAGAAGGGCUGGUGAAUGAUUUCUCAGUGCGUGCCUGCUGAGGCGAGCUACACGGAGAGGGAGGACCCCCGGCGAGUGGUGGCAGAGGAAGCCAACAGGGACCUCACAGGGCUGGAACUGGCUGGACUCUUGCAUGCAGUUUUUGAAGGCAGGGAAACAGCAAUCAAAUUACUACCCUAUUGUGGGGCUGGAAGCUCAAGGAGAGGGGUUUCUGCAUUGGUUUAAUGACCAUGAGAGACCGGGCAAGUCACAGAGCAGCCAAAUGUGCCUGCUUCACAAGGGUCCUGGGGACACGCGUAAGUUCUUGAGCUACUAUAUUUUAGUGCUGUGUGAUUUUCUUUCUUUCUUUUUUUUACGGUUUGAAAUCAUGCUUGGCCAAAAUGCAAUCAUUUCCAUGAGAAUUGCUGGGGUGGAAAGUUAUCUACUAAUCUCCAGGACUUUUUCUUUGUGCUUUUAUUAACUAAGCAUAAUACAAGCUGAAAUCCCUGACAGUAACUGCUGCUGCUCUUCAGACUAAGACUGACUGAGAACUGUUACCUAAAGUGUACCCAGUUACUAUGGAAUUAACACUGGUCACAUUUUUAAUUUACUGUUUUAAUGUCAACCGCAUACAUCCCCAGUGGUUUGGAUCCCAUGCUGUUUUAAAACCGUGGCUCAACUUAUGUGAUCAGCAUAUUCACUGAAGGAGAUAUAGCUAAUCAAGAUAUCUAGUAGUUACAAAACUUUUCUUCUUUGGCCAGUAUCACAUUUGUCUUCCUAAAUUCUCAGAAUUCUGCACCAUCUGUGGUAAAAGUUCUUUCUGGUUGCCUUUUUUUUUUUUUUUUUUGUCACUGCUUUGCUGAAAGCAAUACAACCCAACUGUGGACUGCACUGAAAUUGUGAAGGGAAGAAAUAUAAAGAGCCAUCACAGUUCUUUAACAGUUAUUGUAAUAAUGGGAGAGAGACAGCCAGCCAAAGGAGCCCCUCGUGUACACCACCUCUAGCACAGUGCAGUGCGGGGAUACCAAGAUGAGUGAUGCGCAGAGGCUGUAACUUGUGAGUCUUUCAACACUUCAUUUGCUACAAGUUCCUUCAUAGACAUGGAUAUUCCUUGUGAAGAAAAUACUUCUUUGAGCUCAACUCCGAACUCCUUAAUGCAAUUAAAUGAUGACACAAGGCUCUACGAUGCCUUUAACUCUGGAGAAGCGAACAUUUCUGAUGCAUUUAACUGGACAAUAGACUCUGAAAAUCGAACCAAUCUUUCCUGUGAAGGGUCCCUCCCCCCAACAUGUUUCUCCUUACUUCAUCUCCAGGAAAAAAACUGGUCUGCUUUAUUGACAGCUGUAGUGAUUAUUCUAACCAUUGCUGGAAACAUACUUGUCAUCAUGGCUGUGUCCCUAGAGAAAAAGCUGCAGAAUGCCACCAACUAUUUCCUGAUGUCCCUUGCCAUAGCUGAUAUGCUGCUGGGUUUCCUGGUCAUGCCUGUGUCCAUGUUAACCAUCCUAUAUGGGUACCGGUGGCCUCUGCCUAGCAAGCUCUGUGCAGUCUGGAUUUACCUGGACGUGCUCUUCUCCACGGCCUCCAUCAUGCACCUCUGUGCCAUCUCUCUUGACCGCUACGUCGCUAUCCAGAACCCUAUCCACCACAGCCGCUUCAACUCCAGAACUAAGGCAUUUCUGAAGAUCAUUGCUGUUUGGACCAUAUCCGUAGGUAUAUCCAUGCCAAUCCCAGUCUUUGGGCUGCAGGAUGAUUCCAAGGUCUUUAAGGAGGGGAGUUGCCUUCUCGCUGAUGACAACUUUGUCCUGAUUGGUUCUUUUGUGUCAUUCUUCAUCCCCUUAACCAUCAUGGUGAUCACCUACUUUUUAACUAUCAAGUCACUUCAGAAAGAAGCUACUCUGUGUGUUAGCGAUCUUGGCACACGGGCCAAAUUAUCUUCUUUCAGCUUCCUGCCUCAGAGUUCCCUGUCUUCAGAAAAGCUCUUCCAAAGGUCAAUCCACAGGGAGCCAGGAUCCUAUGCUGGCAGGAGGACUAUGCAAUCCAUCAGCAACGAGCAGAAAGCUUGCAAGGUGCUGGGCAUUGUCUUCUUUCUGUUUGUGGUGAUGUGGUGCCCAUUCUUCAUCACGAACAUCAUGGCUGUCAUCUGCAAAGAGUCCUGUAAUGAAAACAUCAUCGGAGCCCUGCUCAAUGUGUUCGUUUGGAUCGGGUACCUCUCUUCAGCCGUCAACCCCCUCGUCUACACACUGUUCAAUAAAACCUACAGGUCGGCCUUUUCACGGUAUAUUCAGUGUCAGUACAAGGAAAGCAAAAAACCUUUGCAGUUAAUUUUAGUGAACACUAUACCGACUUUGGCUUACAAGUCUAGUCAACUCCAAAGGGGACAAAAAAAGAAUUCUAAGAAAGAUUCCAAGACCACAGAUAAUGACUGCUCUAUGGUAUCUCUAGGAAAACCACAUCCAGAAGAUGCUUGUACAGACAAUAUCCACACCAUGAAUGAAAAGGUUAGCUGCGUGUGAUGGACUGGUUGCCAUGGCAGCUGUGGAGGGCACACCAAACCAGACUUCACCUAUCAGGGGAGCAGAGAAAAUAAGGAGAUUAGAAAAAAUUAGGCCCCUCUAAUGGAUCUGAAAAUAAUGUCUAUAUGGUUCAUUGUAUGCUGUCAGUGAAAAGCAGGAUUAAAUGCCACAAAACAUGCACUUCAAAAAAUGUUCUGACAGCAUUUCAGCUGUGAGCUUUAUGAUACUUUUAACAUUGUAAGUGAUAUCUUUAAAAUAAUUAGCUUUUAUUGUGCAAUUAUAAUGAGGCCCUAAAUAAAUCUAACUUCUAUUAUCAAAUGGAAACCUUGCUAUUUAUGUUGAUUGAUGGCAUGAGAUUCCAUUGGUUAUCUGAUGCUGUAAAUAAAAAUAAUUGUAAAUAGUGAAAAUUUUGUUUAAUGGCCUCUUAAAUAAACAUCAGUUCUCUUUAAAAUUUUCCAUGACAUAUAUUUUGAAAGGAAAAAAAAGACACUGAGACAGUACUAUGAAAUCUGUAUUGGUAAGGUAAUUAAAUGAAAUAUUUGACAACACUUUUCAUUCCUGCUUUUUCAUAGAUGCCAUUUUUAAAUAUUUACAAGGUUGCUGGCAGUUGCUGCAUUUCAAGUUAAUUAUCCAAAGUGGAAAAGAUUUAAACAUUAUUGAACAGUUAUUGCUGCUUUCUCUUCUACUUGUGCUUUACUCUGAAUUUCCAGUGUGGUCUUGUUUAAUAUUUGUUCUUCUAUGUAAACUAUCAAAAGGACAAUUUAACAUUGCCAAAUACAUGUCUAGAAAUUGCUUCUCUUAAACAGUACCACAAAGGUAUUUAGUAACUCGCUGUAAAGGUACUGCAUUGCGCAUGAGUUCCUUUGAACAGUAACAGUAUGUUAAUGUCACUGUGUCAGGGUUGAAAAAUAAACUCAGGUUCUGGCUGUUAACAGUAUAAAGUUUUAGGACUUCUCUGUACAAAGCAGGUGACUUUCCUAUUGAUACUCAUCAGGUAAACUGAUGCCUUCAGAUUAAUACUUAUAUUAUUUAUUAAAAUGAUUUAGCUUGGUUCCAUAAUCAUCUAUUAAGCAUAUACUUAUGGGUGAGGCAAUUUUCUAAGCACUAGGAAUAUUAAAAUAAUUAAUUUAAUAACUUAAAUUAUUAAAAUAAUUAAAUUUAAAAUUAUUAAAUAAAAUAAAGUAAGAUCCUUGCCUUUUUAAAAAAAUGACUAAACUGAAAUGAGCUUUCUCAAAAAAACAUAAACAGACUUAUUUUGAAAGUCAACUCAACUUAUUUACUUCUCACCUGUCUCAGAAGCAAAUUUAUUUCAGUGCUGAUGGUAGUUUCCUCAGCAAAGUUUUCUGAUUGGUUACCGAUGAAUCCCAAGCAAGCAAGAAAGGGGGCAAAUAUCAUUUGAGAUCAAACAUUGUGAUUAAUAUGCACCUCAAUCUGGAUGCAAUAUAAAUAUCAAAGUUUUGAACAAAAUUUUUGUUUCAUCCCUCUAAAAAUGCACUCAUUUUAGUAUUGCUGACACUGAACUCCCUAAUAAAAAAAAGCAGGUAAAUAUAAUGUUUUGUAGAAAUGGUUACUAAAGAGAGAAAAAGAUGAAAAGUAGUUAAUCUACCUUGACAUUGUAAUAGUCAAGGUUAAAUUGUGCAUUUUUACUGAAAUCAGUGUUAGAUAUGUGAUUACAAUGGUGAUGCAUUUCUAUUGGAUAUAAUGUAGUUUAGCCAUAAGACUUUGAAAAUUAAACAAAAUAGAAAGCAUCAUUAUGCAAUUUGGAACUGUAUUGGGGCUAUCCUAAUUAUGUUCUUACAGAUCUAAUUUGAAACAUGGUUCACAUUUUCAAAGCUAGGAUCUAUAAUAUGCCACUAGUACCAAAGGUGCAUUUCAACUGAAUUACUCCUUAAGGAUAAUGCCAUUCAAAAUGAUGAAAAUGUAAAUGGUAAAGUCUCUCAUGUAUUUUGCCUUAGUUUAUAACUUUGCACAUUUCAUUAUAUAUUAGAGAAAAGAUUACAGAUUCUACCCCCCAUACACUCAAUCUUGAUCAGAAUGAAAAUAAAUAAAUAUUGCCUGACAAAUGUCUUUUGAUUAAACAUACAUAACAAUGGUUACUGUGGGGUUUUUUGCUCCAAAAGUAUCUACUUAAAUGUAUAUAGAUAUGUGUACCUGUAUAUAUGUACAGACAAGUUUCCAUGCACUUUAUUCAAUAUUUAUAUAUUUAUAUGGAAGAAGAGCAAGUCAAUGAGAACAUUCAGUAUUUACACAUGUGUGCAUGUUUGUAUCAUGUUGAUUUAAAUGUGAAUUCAUGUUCUAAUAUUCCUAUGACCUUCCAUUACCGUCAAAGGAGGUUAAAGUGUAACAGAGUUUUAUCUUUUAAAUAAACUGGAAGUUGCUCUAAUUUUGUGGAAAGACUUUAAAACAAUUCUGUAAGGAUGACAAAAACAAUAGUCCAUAUAUAGAAUUUAUUGAUUUUUUGAGCCCUUUGUUUAGUCUGGGGACUUCCUGAGCACUAUGGCUUUUUAAGUACACUCCUCACCCGAGUGGAAGAGUCCGCGACAAAGGACUCACUCCUAGACAAAAUUAAAGUAACAAAGUAACAACCUUACUCUACUUUAGGUUGAUUAAUAGAUUCAUCUACACUUAAGAAAGAAAUUAAAUGCCGUAGUCAGGGAAAACUCAGUUUAAAGCAUAUGUAAUAUACUUGGCCACAGCGCCACCUCAUGGUCAUUUUUUAAAGUGCCACCAUAGCCAAGUUGAACUAAAUUAUCAUACUGCUUUUAGCAAAGGGUGCUUUUUCCCAUUUGUGCAUCAAUGAAACGUUUAUACAGUGUUCAAUUAUUCUGUGCCAUAUGUAACAAAUACAGUGAAGAUUAUUUUAUGUACUGAUUUUAAUCGAGGUGAUUCUAAAAUAUAUCAUGAAUGAACAAUUAAUUGUAAAUAAAGUACACUCAAAAACA